AUGAUGAACCUAUUUCAUCAGUUUGUUUCUCCCUUUACAAAAAAUAUUAGCAUCUGGUGGAGGUAGUAUGUAUGGAGGUGGCGGCAAGUCUAUCCGUCUAUGGGAUGUCAAAACAGGAUAAUAAAAAGCCAAAUUAGAUGGUCAUAGUAAUUAAGUUUGAUCAGUCUGUUUCUCUCCUGA